AUGGAGCUGUCGCCGGCGAUGGCAACUGACGAUGUCGUUCAGGAGAUAAUGAGGCUCCACCGUUCGCUGCCCUACCGGCCGGGGAUCGAGGAAGUCGAGGCUGCGAGGACCCUGAUUCAGAACUUGGAGAGGGAAGAUCAGGCGAGGCUCGAGGGCGUUAAGAGGCGUGUCAAGGGCAAAAACGUGCCUGAAGAAUUGUUCAGGGUUCUGCAGGAUAUGCAGAGGAGCAUGAUCCAUUUCCACGGCAAGGAGCAGACAAGGGAGGCUGUGAAGCUGAUAGUCAUAGAUCUCGAGGACGUCCACAUGACGUUCGAUGAUUUGAUUCAGAGAGCGUCCAGAUGCCUGCUGGGGUCGUCAGGCACGGAGGAGCCCCCAUCCACCAAGGCAUCAUAUGACUUGUCCAACAACCUGAGCUACACCGUGAAUACCUCGUUGGCCUCCCUGUCAGCAUCCUCAUCUUCUUCUUCCAGUUUCUUGAACGACAUGGAGUACGGCAAGGCCUUGGGGCCCGCUUAUUCGAAGGACGAUUCGUACAUGAAGAAAACAAAGACAACCAUUCGUGUGGGUGGCUUGGAGCUGAAUUUGCACGGGAACUUGAUCAGCGAGUUGCCGGAAUCCAUCGGGAAUCUGCUUGGCCUUGUCCGUCUCGAUCUGAGAGGAAACCAGUUGAAAACACUACCUCCUACUAUUGCUGGUCAGAUUAAUCUUCAAGAGCUCAACCUGAGCUCCAAUGGGCUCUCGUACCUCCCCAAGGCCAUUGGGUCCCUCGUGCGCCUUGAAAAACUCAACAUUCAGACAAACAAUAUUGAAGAGAUCCCUCACACAAUCGGCCGGUGUGCUUCACUCAAGGAGUUUCGUGCGGACUAUAACCGACUCAAGGCCCUUCCUGAGGCGGUGGGUCGGAUCGAGUCUCUGGAGAUUCUCACUGUGCGUUAUAAUAACAUUAAACUGCGGCCGACAACUAUGUCAUCCCUUACGAACUUGAAGGAGCUCGAUGUGAGUUUCAACGAGCUGGAGUCUGUCCCGGAGAGCCUGUGCUUUGCCACGUCACUCGUGAAGAUGAACAUGAGCAACAACUCUGCCGACCUGCAGUCCCUGCUGAGGUCCAAUGGGAACCUUGAAAUGCUUCAAGUGUUGGAUAUGAGCAAUAAUCAGAUAAGGGUCCUGCCGGAAUCUUUCAGAAUGCUGACCCGACUCUGUGUCUUGAAUGUGGAAGGAAAUCCUCUGGAGGUGCCACCAAUGAACGUGACCGAGAAUGGGGCUCAGGCCGUUGUUCAGUACAAGGCCGAACUGGUUGUUCAGAAGCAGGUCAAGUCACAUCCAGGAACCAAGCCAAAAAAAUCAUGGGGAAUUUGCUUCUUUUCGAAAUCCAACAAAUGCAAACAGGACGGUGUGGACUUCGGUAAAGCUUAG